GAAGAAACUAGUCAACGUGCUGGAUGCUGUUUUCAAUCCUGAAGUUCACUGACCCAGAGCAGUUCCAAGCAGUUGUAGAAGUCAGUCAGCAGUAUCAUGUCCAAGCAGCCUCCCAAGAUGAAGACAGAGUUGAGGACAAGGGGAAAGAAGAGGGAGAGGACUCCCUCUCCAGAGGGAUCCCUUUCUUCACCAGGUGAUGAGACGCCUCAUCAAUUUGCAGUACCCCAGAUAAGCAUCUCUCCAAGGUUGAGGGACCAAACCUCCCAGUUUAACACAUCUUCUCAGGCCACAGCAACAGAUGCCAGUGUGACAGCAUCACCGGUUGCCACACCUCUGGUCACCAGCCCCACCAGUCAGUCCUCCCAUGAUCAGUCUCCAUCUGCCCGAUCACACCAUUUGUCUCCCAGUCUGAAGGCAGCCAAAGCCACUGCCAAGAAGCCAAGGGCCCCCAGACAAGACUUCGUGUUAUCCGAAGAAGAAGAAAAGGUCAUGUUUGAGUGGCUUGAGACAACAGAAGAGGUUUGGAACGCAAAGAAGGCUGGUUAUCAUAAACAUGAUGUCAAACAAGGACUUUGGGAGGCCCAGGCCAAAGUUAUAAACAAGAGUGCUGAACAUCUGAUUGGGUGGUUUAAGAGUGUCCGUGACACGAACACUCGACUCAUCAAGAAGGGCAAAGGGAAAUCAGGGGAUGGAGAUGAUGAUGAUGAAAUCUGGACAGACCGAAAACGGUUCAUAAUGGCAUCCAUGAAAUUCAUGGAUAAGGUGGUUUAUCAUCGGCCGAAAGCAGUCAGAAGUGUGGAGGCUGUUGUCCUUGAGCACUCAGGCAACUUGGAUGAGGCUGCUGAGGCUGCUGCUGCACAGGAAGCCGCGGACGUUGAUUCUGAAGGUGAACCGAGGGCUUCCACUUCAGCUCGUCCAAGAAGGCGAAGUAUCAGAGAAGGCGAGAUGGAUCGAAUGUUACAGCUAAUGCAGGAACGAGUGGAGGAGAAUCAAGCCUGCAUGGAAGAACUGCAAAAGUGUAAAGAGCAGCAGCCCAGCACAGCUAGGAUCACCUUUGCAGACUAUAUCCGGGACUCCUUAAACACCAUGUCAGAAUGGAGCUACAGAAAAGCAAAGGAUGAAAUGUACCGGGUGUUGACAAAGUAUGAAGAUGGAGCUGAAGAGGAAAGGGUCAAGCAGCAGCAGCAACAACAACCUCACCACCACAUGAGGCCACUACACCCUGUCCUGCCUGUCCAAGGACUGCAGCCGGUCCUGUCCUGUCUUUCUACAAACAUGUCUGAAGUCCAGCAGCUGAGGGACAUGUUGAAACUACAGCUAACACCUGCUGAUGAAGGAACGAUCACAGACCAGGAAGAAGAAAUGAGUCAUUUAAAAGAAGAGAACAAAAGAGGUAAAGGGCUGAAUGCUAUUUUUAAUCCUCUAAAUCUCUUCCACAGAACAGAUCAAAAGACUCAACCUUCAGUCUCACCGUAUGGAAUGGGCGGAGUCUGUGGACAGAUUGACUCAGACGUCAUGGUUGCUGUCAUAGUUGCUGUGUACGUGUCACAUGAAGUCUACAAACGCUGUACGUGA